AUGGGUAAAGAGUCCAAACCUCUUUGUUCGACUACCGCUGGUACUGUGGUUUUAGCUUCAGUGAGCAAGCAAAGCGGGAAAAGCACUGCAGUACAGGGAAAGAGAGAGAAUCUAGGGCAUACUUCACUUCCUGGAAAAAACGAGUCAGGGAGGAAAGAAACAGUAUUGGAUUUGGCUAAGUUUGUAGACAAGGGUGUUCAAGUCAAACUCACUGGUGGUAGACAAGGGCACAAGCCAUGCUUGAAAUUGUAUAGGGUAGAUGGGUGUGGGAAUAAGAGUGUGGUUGUUGAGUUAAUAACUAAGUUUGGGUUAACAAUGACAGGGACUUUGAAGGGAUAUGAUCAGUUGCUAAACCUUGUCCUGGAUGAAGCAUUAGAAUUUAUAAGAGCAGCCAGAAACCUUUCUGCUAUCAUUUCAUUUGGGUGUGCUGGAUUUUGUAAUAAUAGUGUUAACUCCAAAAUCGCACUAUGGUACUGGGGGUUGGAGUCUUGGAGAGUGGCCUGCAAUGGCAUGCAACGCAUCAGCUACUUCUAUGGCACUGACAUCAUCUUGAAAUAUGCUGAUGAUCCACUGAAGACCACUGACCAGACAAGGCGCCUUGGCCUAAUUAUUUGCAGGGGAACUGCUGUGAUGCUGGUGUCACCAACUGAUGGUACAGACGAGAUUGCCAACCCUUUUGUCCAGCCAGAUGGAGCCUAG